AUGCCCGAACCGUUCGUGGCGACUGCGCAGCGCGGUGGUUGGACGGAGACCUCCCACUCCGUGAGGGCUCAGCUUCGAGAAAGACGCCCAGCUACCGUGGCCGAGCAGAUGGCUGGGAGCGACACGACAUGGACGUACGCAGUAACAGGCACGACGGUACCGGACAAUCUCAGCAAGGCACAGCGCGGCUGGGCCAGUAUGGAGCCCAAGGUCGUUCCUCAAGCAUACUUCAGCUGCUGGCAUCCACCGAUCAGCGUCGAGCACGGCAGCAAUGGAUAUGGCUCCUGGUGGGCGUUCUCUGGUUGCACUAUGCGAGUGGGAUAUGUCGACAAGAAGCCAGACAAGACGAAUCAGGACACAGACGUGAUUUGCCUGUGCAAGCGCAAGACCGCAGCAUGUUCACUCUGCGGUCGUGGCGUCGCCCAGCAGAAGGGCGCCGACCCGGAGUGGAGAGCCAUGGUGGCCGCUCCAGCACCGCCGCCAGGCACUCGCGGGAUCACCCCAGCUGGAGUGCCGCCGCCUUGGCCAGCUCAAGCGGGUCCAGGAGCCGCUCAGCAGUGCACAAGGGUGAGCGAGGCCGACAGAGCGGACUGGAUAAUGGGCGAGGCAGAGGAGGACCUGCGGCGCAAGAAGCAGCUCCAGCGACAGGAGGCGACCUCAGCUGCGGCAGCGGCUUCCGGACCAGCCACCCCGCGGGAGCAGCGCAGCAGGAAGACGGAGAACGGCGAGGAGAUCGCAGAGGUGAUCAAGAUGUUGAAAGACAUGAGCACCAAGCAGGAGCAACAGCAGAACGCGAUCAACCAGCCGACGAAGAUCACGUCCGGCCAGAUGCACGCGAUGGCAUUGCUCCAGUCCCAGAUGCAGGCGCAGAGCCCAGUCAAGGAGCAGCACCUGGUCAAGGAGCAGCCGCAGAAUAUGUCGCCGGGACAGUCCUCGCAGCAGCCAGCGCCAAGCCAGGAGAGGAAACCAGGCCCUACAGAACCAAUCCCAACGGCGAUGGCGAGAGCCAGCGACGCCUCGGAUCAGGGGGGCAACCUGCUAUCUUCUACCACGAUCAGCAGCAUCGAUCUUCCCAUGUCGGGACUGCCUUCCCAACAGUCGGUGGCGGUCCCACCUCGCAAGCGGAAUUCUCGGCCUUCGAAGCCCUCUGCCGAGCACGGAGAUCCCUGGACCGAGACCCCGGAGGCGAAGCAGGCGCGGGAUCGGCGCCGGAGAGAGGCAGAAGAGGCAGCCAAGCGCGAGAAGGAUCGCUUGACCAGGGACGGCUGGACGGCGGCGGGGUGGAAGUCGCGGGGCGGCAAGGGCCAAAAUUGGGUCGACGACGACCAGAUGUGGGACAAGAGCGGCCAGAAGAAGUGCCAGGCUUUUCAGCGCCAUUUCGACAUCGAGUGGGAGGAGAACGGGCAGGUUCGAUUCAAGUGUCCAGAGCUCGACGACUCCAUGUUCCAUGAGAUAGCCGAGGCGCAGCGGCAGAAGGACGGAGAGUCACUGCUCUUGCUAGGCUUAUCGAUGGAGAUCGCAAUGACCCAGGUCGAAGGCGCUGCGUCCCGCACCGCGUCGGAGAGGAACGGCGCCGCGGGCAGGGGCGCGCGGCAGAGCGCGGUCGACGCCAAGGGUAUAUGCGACGCGCUCUCCAAGCUCACGGCAGGGUCCAAGUCGGACAGGAGCGACCACACGCUCCGUUUCGUGCUGCAGUUGCUGGUGCCACAGGAGCAGCCCCGCGAGGCCGUGUCGCGGCCGCCGGGGCAGCUGGGCCUGCCCGACCCGCACCAGCUGCUGGCAGGCGCGCAGCUGGGCGCGCCCUGGGAGGCGCCGUGCCCGCAGUUUGCGCCGCAGGGCGGGGGCUGGCAGGCGCCGACGGGCGGCGGCUGGGAGGCGCAGCAGGGGUCCCACGGCAGCCGCCUCGGCGGCUACCCGCCACCUGGCGGCCCAGCGGGGGCCAUGGGCGGCCCGUGGCAGCAGAACGACCAGCUCCUGGCGGCCGGCAGGCACCCUGCGGCCCCCGCGGGGGGCGACGAGCAGGGCUACGACGACCAGGGCUACGACGAGGACGAGGACCUCGCAGGCGGCCGGGCCGUCAGCAGCACCAGCGGGGUCCCCGGCGGCAGUGCGCCCGAGGUGCUGUUCGAUGCGGUGACCCGUGGGGACGUCGCAGUCGUGCAGGAGAUGCUGGAGAGCGGCAUCGACGUGAACAAGAGCACCGAGCGCGGCUCGCACGUGAUCUUCCGCGCGGUGAUCAAGGCCCACAGCCCGGACGUCGUCGUGCUGCUGCUGAACGCGCGCGCCGACGUGCGCAGCAGCGACUCCAAAGGGAACUCCGUGAUGCACUUCUGGGCGCGCGCCACCGUGGGCCGCAACACCCUGAAGGCCAUCGGCGAGGCCCUGGUCCAGGCGGGGGCCGCCGUGGACGCGCAGCGCUCGACCGACGGGACCCGCGAGCGGGGCCGGCUGCGCCUCCGCGGCUCUGGCGGCAGCGAGGACGGGCACGCGCUGCUGCCCGGGUUGCUGGCGCCGCCGCAGGUGGCCGCGCUGCGGCGCGCCGCCGUGGCGGCGCGGCGCAGCAAGCGGCUGGAGGCGCGGCGGCACGCGCUGCGCACGACGCUCGGGCUGUCCUGGAGCGAGGCGGAGGCGCUGGCCCCGGAGGAGGUGGAACAUCUGUGCGGCCGCCACCUGCGCAGUGGCCGGGGCGCCCCCUCCUUCAUGCAGUACUUCAACCUCUGGAGGGGCUCCCAGGACGUACGCCGCGUGGCGCUGGCGCUCGGGACCGCCGCCGCGGCGCUGCUCGGCGUGGCCCGCGUGCGCCUCUACGGCGACGCGCUCUUCGUGAAGCGCCCGGGGGACACCGCGACGGGCUGGCACACCGACGCCGAGCACGUCCCCCUGGACACGGACCGGUACCUGACCCUGUGGGUGCCGCUCCAGGCUGUGAUGUUCAAACAGUUACGUAAACAUGAACUUUCGGAGACCCAGGCAGAUCUCCUCUUGGAUCGGCGCUGAGUCCCCCUGGCGGCGCCUCCAG